UUUAUAUCCCUUUCAUAUUCAUAAUCUAUCAAAUUAUUUUAGACUGGAGUGUAUAUAUCUUCAUAGAUCAUUCACUUGAGGCUUUUAAUAUUGUUAAGACAAAAAAUUAAAGAGAUAGAAGAAGUUGAAAAAAAUGAACACGACCGUGAGGACGAGGAUGCAACCUAGGAAAGCUCCAAUGUCACAUGAAAAAGUAAUUAAACUUCCUAUAAAGUCAGAACUCAUAAGAGGGUACAUUUAUGUCAUGCACAUUUUUGAAAAACGGAAGAGAUGAAGGGAAGCUCACAAAAGGGUAUGAGGAAUGAAGUUAAAGACAGAAAAUUGGCUUUGCAACAAGAUGUGGAGAGGUUGAAGAAUAAGCUUAGGCAUGAAGAGAACAUUUCCAAGGCAUUGGAGAGAGCUUUGAAUAGGCCUUUGGGAGCUCUUCCUCGUCUUCCACCUUAUCUUCCUCCCUAUACAUUAGGACUUGUGGCCGAAGUUGCGGUACUCGAAGAAGAAAUAGUUAGGCUUGAAGAGAAGGUCUUAAAUUUCAGGCAAGAUUUGUAUCAAGAAGCAGUUUACAUGUCAUCCUCAAAGAUGAAACUUGAGAAUUCAGCUGCAUCAUCUGUGAACAAUGCAAACCCAAAUAAUAGUACAAAAUUGAUUAAUGCUGCAAAAUCUGGCACUAGGUUAACAACAGCACUUCCUGAUGAUAAACAAGGAAAAAGUAUUCAAUCAAGUGCUCAUUCUUUCAAGUGUAGCAAGCAAUCUAUAUGUAAAGACCAAAUGACAAAAACUCCAAUUAAGAAAAUUCCAAGUGAAAAUAAAUCACUACACACACGUUUGAAACCUCCCAAUAAGCAGCAGCAGCAAGAACUAAGGCUGAACAACAAACCAACUGCAGAAGUAAGAAAUCAUCGUCUACACGAAACGCUUUCAGGAGAUGAAAGUCCAAAUAUAAUCUCUGAAAAUAUUCUCAAGUGUUUAACUAGCAUUCUCUUGAGAAUGAGUACAUUGAAGAAUCAAGUCUCUGCAGAAUAUUCAGAUCCUUAUGGUAUCUUGGUAUUUGGAAUGAGAGAUAUUGGUCCAUACAAGCAAUUAUGUUCUAGUAUUGAAGCUGAAUCUUUUAAUCCAACACAAACUGCUAAGUCUUUGUUUGUACUGCAUCGAUUAAAGUAUUUGAGAAAACUAGCCUGUGUCAACAUUGAGAACCUGAACCAUCAAGAGAAGCUUGCAUUCUGGAUCAACAUAUAUAACGCGUGUAUGAUGAAUGCUUUUAUAGAAAAUGGCAUACCAGAAAGUCCUGAAAUGGUUGUUGCAUUGAUGCAGAAGGCAACAAUAAAUGUAGGUGGACACUUGUUAAAUGCAACAACCAUAGAACACUGCAUUUUAAGGCUUCCAUAUCACUGGAAAUAUCUAAAUUCCAAACAAACAUUAUCAAAGGAAGUAAAUAAUCAUGAAAUGAAAGUAAGAAGCAUUUAUGGUUUGGAAUUGUCAGAACCUCUUGUCACAUUUGCUCUCUCGUGUGGAACUUGGUCCUCUCCUGCUGUUCGAGUUUACACAGCAUCUCGUGUUGAGAAGGAACUCGAAGAGGCGAAAAGAGAAUACUUACAAGCUGCAGUUGGAAUUACAAGAUCAAAGUUUGUUAUUCCAAAGAUGUUAGAUUGGUAUUUACUUGACUUUGCAAAAGACAUGGAAUCAUUAAUGGACUGGAUAUGCCUCCAAUUACCAAGUGAACAAGGAAAAGAAGCAAUCAAGUUCCUUGACAAAAGAAAAAACCAACCUCUCUCACAAUUUGUAAAAAUCAUGCCAUAUGAGUUUAGUUUUAGAUACUUGCUAUGCACAUAGUUAUUUUGCUUCAAUUUUCUGUAUAGGUUUUUUUUUUUAAAUGGCUUUAGGAGUAAAAUUUGUAUACAGUGUUACAUCUCUAAAUCCUAAAAGAUUAUAGAAAAAGCGAAAUUAUAGGAUCCUGAUUUUAAAUAUUAGAGGAAAAAAAAAAGCGCAUGUUCAUAUUAAUA